AUGGCAGCGGCUGCUGAUCUGAGAGCUGAACUGACCUGCUCCGUGUGCCGGGAGAUUUAUACCAACCCUGUAACUCUACCGUGUGGCCAUAACUUCUGUCUCAUCUGUAUUGAGAGAACAUGGGACUGGCAGAGGAGUAUAGAGGAAGAUCCUUCUUGUCCUGAAUGUAGAAGGACAUAUAGAAACCAACCUGAACUGGAAAAGAACCUGAGGCUGAGGAACAUAGCAGAGCAAUUCCUUCCUGAUCAUAUAAAAUGCUCCUCACACAAAAAGCUCCUGGAGUAUUACUGCUGUGAGGACUCUGUCUGUAUCUGUGAGUCCUGCUGUCUUGCUGGAGAGCACAGGGGCCACAGGGUGGAGCUGCUGAGUGAGGUCUCUGAGAAGAAGAAAGAGAAACUAAGAAAAGUUGUGGAGAAACUGAGGCCAGAGAGAGAGGAGAUUGAGGAGCAAAUCCAGAGACUGCAGGAGCGCAGGAGAGAAGUGGCAGAAAAAGCAGCCGGUGAGACAGAGACAGUCACUGCCCUGUUUAGAGACAUCAGGGAACAGCUGGAAGCCCUAGAGAAGCGACUCCUGAGGGACAUCUCCAGGGAAGAAGAGAAGGUUUCCCUCCAACUCCAUGAUCUGAUCCAACAGCUGGAAAUAAAGAAGGACGAGCUGUCCAGGAAGAUCCGUCACAUUGAGGAGCUGUGCAACAUGGCAGAUCCACUCACUGUCCUACAGGAACCGGAAUCACAUGGAGCUGCAGAUAAUGAGGGGGGCAGAGAGAGACAUGAUAUAAAGGUCCCUGCUGUAGGGGAUCUGGAUGUGGAUCUGAUCUCAGAGACAUUACUCACAGGCUUAGCUGCCAUUGGGACUGGGGUAAAGGGAAGGAUCUAUGGGCAGGAGGCUACAGACCUUAUACUGGAUAUAAACACGGCUCAUAAUCAUGUAUCUGUAUCAGGGGACAGGAAAUCUGCUUCCUACUCACUAGAAAAGAAGUAUUACCUACAAUCCCCAGAGAGAUUUCAGGAUUAUCCUCAGGUUUUAAGCAGCAGGAGUUUCCCCUCAGGGCGACAUUACUGGGAAGUGGAGGUCAGUGAAUCAGGGAACUGGAGGGUAGGGGUGGCCUAUCCCAGUAUAGAGAGGGGAGGGGAUUGGUCCUGGAUUGGGGAUAAUAACAAGUCCUGGUGUUUGGGCAGAUGGGGAAAUAAAUAUUCAGUGAUACAUUAUAGGAGAAGAACCAAUUUACCAAACGUACCUUCCUGCGGGAGAAUCAGGAUCUCAUUGGACUAUGAGGCCGGACGUCUGUCCUUUUAUGAGCUGAGUGAGCCAAUCAGACACUUACACACCUUCACUGCCACAUUCACUGAGCCCCUUCAUGUUACAUUCUGUGUAUUGGGUUCUUGGGUCAGAAUCACCAGUUAGGGUUCUGCCAAAGCUUCCGACUUUCUGGUUCUGUCAGGAUUUUGUCCACACUUGUGUAACACCAAUAUAUUACACCAAACCACACACAGUCAUACCUUCAUCGUGCCAGUUAUGCCCCACAUCUGCCCUUAACCCCGUGAUGCAUGGGGGCAUUUAUAUAUACAAUCUCAGACCAACGUGCAGUCCACUCACAUCUACUUUGCACUCCUUCACCCCUGCAA